CACUUGUUUACUUAUUCACAUGAAGUCGGUGUAAAUCAUUAAAUUAUCAUUAUCUCGUCUUCUUAUCAGUAAUUUGGUAAAAACUUUAUAAGCAAGUGUUAAGAAGAUGUCUUCAAUUUAUGACAAUUUGCCUUUGGAGCAUCCUCGAAAAUUGAUACCGGCUUUAUGUCAACAAUUCUAUAAUUUGGGAUGGGUUACUGGCACUGGUGGUGGUAUAUCAAUUAAAUUAAACAAUGAAAUUUUCAUAGCUCCCAGUGGUGUACAAAAGGAACGUAUUUUACCCGAGGAUCUAUUUGUACAGGACGAAGAGGGUAAAGAUAUACAAAUACCACCCGAUUAUAAGCAUUUAUCAAAAAGUCAAUGUACACCGCUAUUUAUGCUGGCCUAUCGUCAUCGUAAUGCUGGUGCUGUCAUACACACACAUUCUCAGCAUGCUGUAAUGGCUACUUUGUUGUGGCCAGGCGAAGAAUUUCGUUGCACGCAUUUGGAAAUGAUCAAAGGCAUUUUUGAUGAUGAUUUGAAACGUUAUUUACGUUAUGAUGAAAAACUGAUAGUGCCAAUUAUAGAAAAUACUCCAUUCGAAAGAGAUUUAGCCGAUUCCAUGUAUGCAGCAAUGAUGAAAUAUCCCGGGUGUUCAGCAGUUUUAGUCCGACGACACGGUGUUUACGUUUGGGGUGCAACUUGGGAGAAGGCAAAAACUAUGGCUGAAUGUUAUGAUUAUUUGUUUUCUAUUGCUGUUGAAAUGAAGAAAUCCGGUUUAGAUCCAGAAACGUUUCAAUAAACACACUUGUUACUAUUUUUUCUGUAUUUUUGUUUAAAAUACAAAUUCUUUAUUAUAUUUUUUUAAAAAAUAAAAUCUCUGAAAAAUAUAAAUUGUACAACAUAAAAAAUAAAACAACUAAAAA